AAGGGCUGUCAUUUGCCGCCCGGGUUGCCGCCCUCGGCUGCGUCUGGGUUCGGCCUCCGCCCGGUCCCGCAGCCUCAGGCCCACCAUGGUGCUGGAGUCGGUAGUCGCAGACCUGCUGAACCGCUUCCUGGGGGACUAUGUGGAGAACCUGAACAAGUCCCAACUGAAGCUGGGGAUUUGGGGCGGCAAUGUGGCUUUAGAUAAUCUACAGAUAAAAGAAAAUGCUCUGAGUGAAUUGGAUGUUCCUUUUAAAGUCAAGACUGGUCAGAUUGAUAAAUUAACUUUGAAGAUUCCUUGGAAGAACCUUUAUGGGGAAGCAGUUGUUGCAACCCUAGAGGGAUUAUACCUGCUUGUUGUCCCUGGAGCAAGUAUUAAAUAUGAUGCUGAAAAAGAAGAAAAAUCCUUGCAAGACAUUAAACAGAAAGAGCUAUCCCGAAUUGAAGAAGCCCUUCAAAAAGCAGCAGAGAAAGGCGCACAUUCAGGGGAGUUCAUAUAUGGCUUGGAAAACUUUCUUUACAAGGACAUCAAGCCUGGACGUAAACGUAAAAAGCACAAAAAACAUUUUAAGAAACCUUUUAAAGGUCUUGAUCGCUCAAAAGAUAAGCUCAAAGAAGGCAAAAAAGAUACAUUUUUAGAAAAAUUGGCAACUCAAGUAAUUAAAAACGUACAAGUAAAAAUCACAGACAUUCACAUUAAAUAUGAAGAUGAUGUCACUGAUCCAAAGCGGCCUCUUUCAUUUGGUCUCACACUGGGAGAGCUUAGUCUAUUGACUGCAAAUGAACACUGGACUCCAUGCAUAUUAAAUGAAGCAGAAAAAAUUAUAUAUAAGCUUAUACGACUUGACAGUCUUAGUGCCUACUGGAAUGUAAACUGCCGCAUGUCUUACCAGGGAUCAAGGGAACAGAUCUUGGAGCAGCUGAAAAGUGAAAUUGUUACAAGUAAUAAUAUAUCCCUACAGCAUCAAUAUAUUUUUCAGCCAAUAUCAGCCUCUGCAAAACUGUAUAUGAAUCCUUAUGCAGAAACAGAGCUCAAAACUCCCAAACUUGACUGGAACAUAGAAGUACAAAAUAUUGCUAUUGAACUGACAAAACCUCAGUACCUAAGUAUGAUUGACCUUUUGGAGUCAGUGGAUUAUAUGGUUAGAAAUGCCCCCUACAGGAAAUACAAGCCUUAUUUACCACUUCACUCCAAUGGUCGACAGUGGUGGAAAUAUGCAAUUGAUUCUGUUCUUGAAGUUCACAUAAGAAGGUACACACAGAUGUGGUCGUGGAGUAACAUAAAAAAACACAGGCAAUUGCUUAAGAGUUAUAAAAGUGCCUACAAAAACAAGCUAACCCAGACUAAAGUCCCAGAAGAAAUACAGAAACAAAUUCAGGAUUUGGAGAAGACUUUGGAUGUUUUUAACAUAAUUUUAGCAAGGCAACAAGCCCAAGUAGAGGUUAUUCGGUCUGGGCAAAAAUUAAGGAAAAAGUCUACUGACACAGGCGAGAAACGAGGCUGGUUUAGCGGGUUUUGGGGUAAGAAGGAAUCUAAGAAAAAAGAUGAAGAAUCUUUGAUUCCUGAAACUAUUGAUGAUUUUAUGACUCCAGAGGAAAAAGAUAAGCUCUUCACUGCUAUUGGUUAUAGUGAAAGCACCUACAACUUAACUUUACCCAAGCAGUAUGUGGCCCAUAUAAUUACGCUGAAGUUAGUAAGCACCUCUGUUAUGAUAAGAGAAAAGAAAAAUAUUCCAGAAAUACUAAAAAUUCAGAUAAUUGGCCUGGGCACUCAAAUAUCUCAGCGACCAGGAGCACAAGCACUUAAGGUAGAAGCAAAAUUAGAACACUGGUAUGUAACAGGUCUGAGACAACAGGAUAUUGUACCAUCACUUGUGGCUUCAAUUGGCGAUACUACAUCAUCUUUGCUUGAAAUUGAAUUUGAAACGAAUCCAGAGAAUAGUACUGCUGACCAGGCUCUGGUUGUUCAGUCCCAGCCUGUGGAGGUCAUCUAUGAUGCUAAAACCAUCAUUGCAGUGGUUGAAUUCUUUCAAUCAAAUAAGGGAUUAGAUCUUGAGCAAAUAACGUCAGCUACAUUGAUGAAACUGGAAGAAAUUAAAGAGAGAACAGCUACAGGACUUACACAUAUUAUUGAAACUCGAAAAGUUCUUGAUUUAAGGAUAAAUCUGAAGCCUUCUUAUCUAAUAGUUCCACAGACAGGUUUUCAUCAUAAAAAGUCAGAUCUUCUCAUUUUAGAUUUUGGUACUCUUCAGCUUAACAGUAAAGAUCAAGGUUUGCAGAAGACUACGAAUUCAUCUCUGGAAGAAAUAAUGGAUAAGGCAUAUGACAAGUUUGAUGUUGAUAUAAAAAAUGUACAGUUACUCUUUGCAAGGGCAGCGGAAAACUGGAAAAAGCAUCGAUUUCAGCAUCCAUCAGCUAUGCAUAUAUUACAACCCAUGGAUAUUCAUGUUGAGUUGGCCAAGGCAAUGAUAGAAAAAGAUGUUAGAAUGGCCAGAUUCAAAGUAUCAGGAGGGCUUCCUUUGAUGCAUGUGAGAAUUUCUGACCAGAAGAUGAAAGAUAUGCUAUGUUUAAUGAACAGUAUACCCCUACCACAGAAAUCAUCUGAACUGUUUCCAGAGAGACAGGUAGCCUCAAUUCCUGUUAUUUCACAUAGGACAAAAGGCCUACUUGGUACAUCACUAUUGCUAGAUGGAGUGGAAUCAGAGUCUGAUGAUGAGUAUUUUGAUGCUGAAGAUGGAGGCACACAGACUGGUAAAACUAUGAGAGGAUCAGAACUAAAAAAAGUUGCAGAGGUCCCAAAUGAGGAACUCAUUAAUCUCUUAGUAAAGUUUGAAAUUAGAGAGGUGAUCUUGGAAUUUACAAAACAACAUAAAGAAGAAGAUACAAUUUUAGUUUUUAAUGUUACUCAGUUAGGAACAGAGGCUACUGUGAAAACAUUUGAAUUAACCGCAGUAUCUUAUUUAAAGAAAAUCAGCUUGGAUUACCAUGAAAUUCAAGGAUCCAAAAAGAAGCCCCUUCAUUUAAUUAGCUCUUCUGACAAACCUGGAUUAGAUCUCUUGAAAGUAGAGUAUAUUAAGGCUGAUAAGAAUGGACCUAGUUUUCAAACUACAUUUGAAAAAACUGAACAGACAGUUAAGGUGGCUUUUUCAUCUUUAAAUCUACUGCUGCAAACACAAGCUCUUCUCUCUUCUAUUAAUUACCUGACAGCUAUCGUUCCAUCAGAUGGUCAAAACAUGGGUAAUACCAAAGAAGUACAAAUUUCAACUGAAAAGCAACAAAAAAAUUCAGCUCUGCAGAAAGUGAUCGUAUCUUCUAAAAAUAGUGACAUUAUUGACUUCAGACUGUUUGCCAAGUUGAAUGCUUUCUGUGUCAUUGUUUGCGAUGAAAAGAACAAUAUUGCUGAAAUCAAGAUUCAAGGCCUUGAUUCUUCUCUUUCUCUUCAGUCAAGAAAACAGUCACUAUUUGCCAGACUGGAAAAUAUUGUUGUCACAGAUGUUGAUCCUAAGACAGUUCAUAAAAAAGCUAUGUCAAUAAUGGGAAAUGAAGUUUUUCGCUUUAACUUGGAUUUGUAUCCAGAUGCUACUGAGGGGGAUUCCUAUACUGACAUGUCCAAAGUGGAUGGUGUGGUAUCACUGAACGUUGGCUGUAUUCAGAUUGUCUAUCUUCAUAAAUUCCUUAUGUCACUUCUGAACUUUCUGAACAAUUUCCAGACAGCCAAAGAGGCUCUGAGUGCUGCCACUGCCCAGGCUGCAGAAAAGGCUGCCACAAGUGUGAAAGAUCUUGCCCAGAGGAGUUUUCGUGCUUCUGUCAAUGUUCAUUUGAAAGCACCAGUUAUAGUCAUCCCGCAGUCUUCCAUUUCUACCAAUGCAGUGGUGGUAGAUCUUGGGUUAAUCAGAAUUCAGAAUCAGUUCAGUCUGGUGGCCGGUGAAGACUACUUACACCCUCCAGUAAUUGAUAGAAUGGAUGUGCAGCUAACAAAGCUUAAGCUUUCUAGGACAGUGAUCCAGCCAGGCAUCUCCCAUCCUGAUAUUCAGCUGUUGUACCCAGUUAAUCUGGAGCUUUCUGUAAAUCGGAAUCUAGCUGCAUCUUGGUAUCACAGGGUACCUGUUUUGGAAAUUAAAGGACAUCUUGAGUCAAUGAAUGUUAGUCUAAAUCAAGAAGAUCUUAAUCUUUUAUUUAGAAUACUAGCAGAAAAUAUUGGUGAGACUACUGAAGACUUGAAUAAAGUGAAACCAAGAAUACAAAGGACAGAUGAAGUUAAAGAACCUCUUGAAAUAUCUACAUCACAACAAGAUGUACCUGGCUCACAAGGUACUUUAACAGCUGGAGGGGAAGAAAUUAGAUCUGUAGACAUCAUUAACAUGCUACUGAAUUUUGAAAUCAAAGAGGUUGUGAUUACUUUGAUGAAAAAAGCAGAAAAGAAAGGAAGGCCUUUACAUGAACUAAAUGUCCUAAAGCUUGGAAUGGAAGCUAGAGCAAAAACAUAUGACCUGACUGCUAAAGCUUAUCUAAAAAAAAUUAGUAUGCGAUGCUUUGAGUUCACUGACUCUAAAGGAGAACCUCUUCACAUUAUUAACUCCUCUAAUACAACUGAUGAACCCCUUCUGAAAAUGUUAUUGACAAAGGCAGACAGUGAUGGACCAGAAUUUAGAACAAUUCAUGAAAAUACCAAACAGAGACUGAAGGUUUCAUUUUCAUCCUUAGACUUAGUACUUCAUUUGGAAGCUUUACUGUCCUUCAUGGAUUUUUUAUCAUCUGCCAUCCCAUCCUCUGAACCUUCCUCUUCUGAAAAGGAAUCUGAGCUGAAACCACUUGUGGGGGAGUCCAGAAGUAUCAUUAUCAAAGCUGUAUCCAGCAAUACUUCUGAAGAUGACAUGUUUGAUUUAAAAGUCACAGCUGAAUUAAAUGCACUUAAUGUCUUUGUCUGUGAUCAGAAGUGUAAUACUGCAGAUAUUAGAAUACUUGGAAUGGAUGCCUCUGUUUCUGUGAAGCCAAAGCAGACUGACAUGUUUGCAAGACUUAAGGAUAUCAUAGUCACGAAUGUUGAUUCGCUGUCCAUUCACAAAAAGGCUGUCUCUAUUUUGGGAGAUGAAGUCUUUAGAUUCCAAAUGACUCUGUAUCCAGAUGCCACAGAGGGAAAGGCCUAUGCUGAUAUGUCUAAAGUAGAUGGCAAAAUUAGUCUCAAAGUGGGUUGUAUUCAAAUUGUUUAUGUUCAUAAGUUCUUCAUGUCUGUUUUGAACUUCCUCAACAAUUUCCAAACUGCCAAAGAAGCUUUGAGCACAGCCACAGUCCAGGCUGCAGAAAGAGCUGCUUCCAGCAUGAAGGACUUGGCUCAGAAGAGUUUCCGCCUUUUGAUGGAUAUCAACCUGAAAGCACCAGUUAUUAUCAUUCCUCAGUCUUCAGUAUCACCUAAUGCUGUUAUAGCUGAUCUGGGUUUAAUCAGAGUUGAAAACAAAUUUAGCUUAGUUCCUAUGGAACAUUAUUCUCUUCCUCCAGUUGUUGACAAAAUGAACAUCCAACUUACUCAGUUGAAGCUGUCCAGAACUGUUUUGCAGACUGGCUUGCCACAACAUGACAUUGAAAUUUUAAAACCAGUCAACAUGCUUUUGUCCAUACAGCGAAAUUUAGCAGCAACAUGGUACAAGCAAAUUCCAGGGAUGGAGAUAAAAGGAAAACUAAAACCUAUGCAGGUUGCUCUCAGUGAAGACGACUUAACAGUUUUAAUGAAAAUUCUGUUGGAAAAUCUUGGAGAAGCUUCUUCACAGCCAAACCCAACACAAUCUACUCAGGAGGCUGUAAGAGUAAGAAAAGAUGUUCUGAGUAGGCCUGACCACCUUAAAGAACAAGAAGAUUUAACUGACUCAGAGCUUUCUGUGGAUCAGAAUGUCACUCUCCAAUUUGACUUCCACUUUGACUCUCUGUCAGUUGUCCUUUAUCACAAUGAUACCAAGCAGGAAUCCAAACUUUCAUUUCAUAAUGACAGUUUCCGGCUUGGUGAACUGAGACUACAUCUUAUGGCCUCUGCAGGAAAGAUGUUUAAGGAUGGAUCAAUGGAUGUCAACCUUCAGCUUAAGACAUGUACCCUUGAUGAUCUUAGAGAAGGCAUUGACAGAGCAACAUCAAGAAUGAUUGAUAAGAAGAAUGACCAAGAUAACAACAGUUCUAUGAUUGAUAUAAGUUACAAACAAGGCAAAGAUGGAACUCAUGUUGAUGCCCUUCUUGACAAGCUAUAUGUAUGUGCCAGUGUGGAAUUUCUGAUGACUGUGGCAGAUUUCUUCAUCAAAGCUGCGUCUCAGAGUCCUGACAAUGUGGCAAAAGAAGCACAGCUUCCACUGCGACAGACUGCUACAGCAAAAAUCAGGGUUGAGAAAGAUGAUUCUGUAAAACCAAAUAUGACUUUAAAGGCCAAGAUUACAGAUCCAGAAGUAGUGUUUGUUGCAAACCUGACGAAGGCUGAUGCUCCUGCUCUGACAGCCUCAUUCCAGUGCAGUCUGUCUCUGUCAUCAACCAAACUCCACCAGAUGAUGAAAGCUUCUGUGAGAGAUCUUAAACUGUUUGCUUGCCCUUUUCUCAGAGAAAAGAGAGGAAAAAACAUUACUACAGUCUUACAACCCUGUUCUUUGUUUAUGGAAAAAUGUAUAUGGGCUUCAGGAAAACAAAAUAUAAGUAUCAAAGUUAGAGAAUUCAUAAUUAAGAUUUCACCCAUAAUUCUUAAUACUGUGAUGACAAUCAUGGCCGCUAUGUCUCCAAAGACAAAAGAAGAUGAAUGCAAAGAUGUAUCUAAGGAAACAGAAAAUCUUUGGGGUAUCAAAUCUAUUAGUGAUUAUAACUCUUGGUUUCUUGGUGUUGACAUGGCAACAGAAAUAACAGAAAAUUUUACAGACACUCAACAUGCUCUGAUAGAGGAAAAUUGUGCUCUUGUUGUUGAGUCAAUUCAAGUUACCUUAGAAUGCGGCCUUGGGCAUCGGACCGUACCUUUAUUAUUGGCAGAGUCUAAGUUUUCAGGAAAUAUUAAAAACUGGACUUCCCUAAUGGCUGCUGAUGCUGACAUGACACUAGAGGUUCACUACUAUAAUGAAGUCCAUGCUGUUUGGGAACCACUGAUUGAGAGAGUGGAGGAGAACAUUCAGUGGAAUUUAAGACUUCAUGUAAAGAAGAAUCCAGUCCAGGACAAAAGUUUGAUGCCAGGAGAUGAUUUUGUUAUUCUUCCUCAGCCACAAACAGCAAUUCAUAUUUCUUCAGGAGAUACAAUGAAUAUAACAAUAUCCAAAAGUUGUCUUAAUGUUUUCAACAAUUUAGCCAAAGGUUUUUCAGAGGGCACUGCUUCUACUUUUGACUACUCUUUAAAAGAUAGGGCUCCUUUCACAGUAAAAAAUGCUGUAGGUAUUCCCAUUAAGGUGCAGCCCAAUCAUAAUCUCAGAGUAAUGGGCUCCCCUGAGAAAAGUGGUGUUAUUGAUGUUGAUGCUGGUCAGAGUUUGGAAUUGGAAUAUGCCAGUAUGGAAACUUCACAUCCUGGGAAACUGUCUGCAUUGAGCUGCCAAGAAAGCUCCCUCUUCACCCUGACCUUUGUACCUCAUGGAUAUACAGAAGUUGCAAAAAUCCCUAUUGCCAGACCUGGACGGCAAUUGUAUAAUGUACGGAAUCCCAAUGCCAGUUGUUCUGACUCGGUCGUGGUACAAAUAGAUGCAACUGAAGGGAAUAAAGUAAUUAGCCUUCGCUCUCCUCUGCAGAUUAAAAAUCAUUUCUCUAUUGCAUUCAUCAUCUAUAAAUCUGUUAAAAAUGUUAAGCUACUGGAGCGCAUUGGAGUAGCCAGACCUGAAGAGGAGCUCCAUGUUCCUUUACAUUCAUAUAGAAGCCAAUUAUUUAUUCAGCCAGCUGGUAUCUUAGAGGAUCAAUACAAAGAAUCCACCACUUACAUUUCCUGGAAGGAGGAACUUCACAGGUGCAGGGAAGUCAGAUGUGUGCUGCAGUGUCCAUCAGUUGAAGUCAACUUCUUACCUCUCAUAGUCACUACAAUUGCUGUGCCUGAUGAAUUAAGCUAUAUAUGUACACAUGGAGAAGACUGGGAUCCAGCUUACAUUAUUCACCUGUAUCCUACCCUCACUUUGCGGAAUCUUCUUCCAUAUUCCCUAAGGUAUUUACUUGAGGGAACAGCAGAAACGCAUGAACUAGCAGAAGGCAAUACUGCUGAUGUUCUACAUUCAAGGAUCAGUGGAGAAAUAAUGGAAUUAGUCCUGGUGAAAUACCAAGGCAAAAAUUGGAACGGACAUUUCCGUAUAUGUGACACACUUCCCGAAUUCUUUAUCGUGUGUUUUUCUUCUGAUUCCACGGAAGUGAUGACAGUCAAUCUGUCAAUACAUGUCAAGCGAAUUGGCAGCAGGCUGGUGUUAUCUGUCUUUAGUCCCUAUUGGCUAAUCAACCAGACUUCUCGGGUUCUCCAGUAUCGUUCAGAAGACGUUCAUGUGAAGCAUCCAGCUGAUUUCAGGGAUAUUAUUUUGUUCUCUUUCAAGAAGAAGAACAUUUUUAGUAAAAAUAAGGUACAAUUAAAAAUUUCAACCAGUGCCUGGUCUAGUAGUUUUUCAUUGGAUACAGUGGGAAGUUACGGGUGUGUGAAGUGUCCUGCCAGCAAUAUGGAAUACCUGGUUGGUGUUAGCAUCAAAAUGAGCAGUUUUAAUCUUACACGAAUAGUUACUCUGACUCCCUUUUGUACUAUUGCAAACAAGUCAUCAUUAGAAUUAGAAGUUGGUGAAAUUGCGUCUGAUGGGUCAAUGCCAACUAAUAAGUGGAACUAUAUUGCUUCUUCAGAGUGCCUUCCGUUUUGGCCUGAAAAUUUGUCAGGCAAACUUUGUGUGAGAGUGGCGGGCUGUGAAGGAUCAUCCAAACCAUUUUUUUAUAACCAACAGGAUAAUGGCACUUUAUUGAGCUUAGAAGACCUGAAUGGGGCUAUCUUGGUGGAUGUAAACACUGCUGAACAUUCGAUUGUCAUAACUUUUUCUGAUUACCACGAGGGAUCUGCACCUGCCCUAAUAAUAAACCACACACCAUGGGACAUCCUCACAUAUAAGCAGAGUGGAUCACAGGAAGAACUGGCAUUGCUGCCAAGACAAGCUCGACUUUUCGCCUGGGCUGAUCCUACUGGUACCAGAAAACUGACAUGGAGUUACGCAGCAAAUGUUGGGGAGCACUAUCUGUUAAAGGAUGAACAUGGACAGUUCCCAUAUAAUGCGAACAUCCAGAUACACUGGGUAUCAUUCCUAGAUGGACGCCAGAGAGUUCUGCUUUUCACUGAUGAUGUUGCCUUGGUUUCCAAAGCAAAGCAAGCAGAAGAAAUGGAGCAGGCCAAUCACGAAAUAAUCUUUUCUCUCCAUAGUCUUGGGCUUUCACUGGUUAACAAUGAAAGCAAGCAGGAAGUUUCAUAUAUUGGGAUAACCAGCUCUGGUGGUGUUUGGGAGAUGAAACCAAAACAGAAAUGGAAACUUUUUAGUCAAAAGCAGAUAAUCUUAUUGGAACAGUCCUAUAAGAAAUACCAAGUAACAAAAGACCAUGCCUGGAUUAAACUAGACAAUAACUUUGAGGUCAACUUUAGUAAAGUUCCAAUGGAAAUGCGCCUCCCUAUUCAGUGCCCUAUACAGAGACGUUUUUUAUCAGGAAUUCAGAUUGCAUUUAAGCAGUCUCCUCACCAGAGAAGUUUGAGAGCCAUGUUGUAUUGGCUUCAGGUUGAUAGUCAGUUACCAGGUACAGUGUUCCCAGUUGUAUUUCAUCCUGUAGCCCCUCCAAAAUCUAUUGCUUUUGAUUCAGAGCCCAAACCUUUCAUUGAUGUGAGUAUCAUCACAAGAUUUAAUGAGUACAGUAAAGUCUUACAGUUCAAGUAUUUUAUGGUCCUCAUUCAGGAAAUGGCCUUAAAAGUUGAUCAGGGAUUUCUAGGAGCUAUUACUGCACUGUUUACCCCAACAACUGACCCUGAAGCUGAAAGAAAACGGACAAAGUUAAUCCAACAGGAUAUUGAUGCUCUGAACACAGAAUUGAUGGAGACUUCAAUGACUGAUACAUCAAUUCUUAGUUUCUUUGAACAUUUCCAUAUUUCUCCUGUUAAGUUGCAUUUGAGUUUGUCUUUGGAUUCUGGAGGUGAAUCAGACAAAGAAAAACAGGAAAUGAUUGCAAUUCAUUCUGUCAAUCUGCUAUUGAAAAGCAUAGGAGCUACUCUGACUGAUGUGGAUGACCUUAUAUUCAAACUUGCUUAUUAUGAAAUUCAAUGUCAGUUUUACAAGAGAGAUCAGCUCAUGUGGAGUGUUGUUAGACAUUACAGUGAACAGUUUUUGAAACAGAUGUAUGUCCUUGUAUUAGGCUUAGAUGUGCUUGGAAACCCAUUUGGAUUAAUUAGAGGUCUGUCUGAAGGAGUUGAAGCUUUAUUCUAUGAACCCUUCCAGGGUGCUGUUCAAGGCCCGGAAGAAUUUGCUGAGGGGUUAGUGAUUGGAGUAAGAAGUCUCUUUGGACACACAGUAGGUGGUGCAGCAGGAGUUGUAUCUCGAAUCACUGGUUCUGUUGGAAAAAGUUUGGCAGCAAUUACAAUGGAUAAGGAAUAUCAGCAAAAAAGAAGAGAAGAGAUGGGUCGACAGCCUAAAGAUUUCGGAGACAGUCUGGCCAAAGGAGGAAAGGGCCUCCUGCGUGGAGUUGUUGGUGGAGUGACUGGAAUAAUAACAAAGCCGGUAGAAGGUGCCAAAAAGGAAGGAGCUGCUGGAUUCUUUAAAGGAAUUGGAAAAGGGCUUGUGGGUGUCGUGACUCGUCCAACUGGAGGAAUCAUCGAUAUGGCCAGUAGCACCUUCCAGGGAAUUCAGAGGGCAGCAGAAUCAAUUGAGGAAGUGUCCAGCCUCCGUCCACCUCGCCUGAUCCAUGAAGAUGGUAUCAUUCGCCCAUAUGACAGACAGGAAUCCGAAGGCUAUGAUUUAUUUCAGCAAGAACUGGAAAUACAGGAGUAAAUGUUUCCUAUACUACUACUUGAUUUCAUCCUUAAAAAUCAAAACAAACUGUGGUAUUAACUGACUGUCUUUGAUUUAUUUAGAUUGAGAGUCCAUUUUAAUGAAGUUUUCUUUACAACUCUCACCUCUGUCUGAACUUUUUAUUGUAGUGGCUUGACUACAAAUAAAAAUAUGGUAUUCCUCGUAGUACUGUACAGGAAUGAGAGAUCAAAAUAAAAGAUUAAAGGAUUCAGGACAUCAACUUUCUUCUCCAUUUAGUUUGUAAAUGACUCUUGUGAGCUCAGAAGCAGAUACUUUUACUAUCAUUUUGAAAAUCUUGUCUUACGGUAUUCAUGUGCAUUUCAGGUAAAGUUUAAAACAAGAAGGGCAAUUACCAUGUCCAAUCUAUUAUGUGUUUUAUAUGUUGGUGAGUCUUGAUGAUGGAAUUACAUAACUGUGUUUCACAAAUCACUCUAAAUUUACUCAAGUUAUGGGACUACUACCUGGGACCUAUUUUUAGUAAUUGAGGUAUUAUUUUCUCAGGUCUAUCCUUAGACCUCAAAUAAGAGUUGGCACAUGAAUUUUGAGAGUAUGUUCCCAUAAUCUCUAGUUUCUUUUUUAACAUCUCAAUACUCUUGCUAGAUAAAUGGCAGUCAUUUUAUAAUUAUAUUACAUACAUUCUCAGCCUUUAGUAUUUAUUUUCAAAAAUUGAAUCUCCUUAUCAGUUAUCCUAUUUCACAGUUAUUAAUUUUAACUAACAUAAAUAAAAGUUGAACAUGUAAUUAGGCAAAUUACUUAUAUGGCACUUGAAUUUAUAGAUAAUUUUAUUAUAAGAAACCAAUGGUUUUUACUUUUAAGUCCUGAGAUAGGUUCAGUAUCUUCAUAAGAACAAAAAUAAUUAUAAAUAUUACCAUUUUGAAAUUAGUACUCCCCAUAGUUAAUUUUCAAAGUAAGUUAUGUGUUGAUUUCUCUAUUUUAUAAAUCAUAGAAGUAUUUAAUUUGAUAAGCAGCAUCUUACCUAGGAACUUUCAUUUUUCCCCCAAAAUUAAAAACAAAGUAUAAACUUAGUGUGUUGUAUAUUUGACAAAGCUGUAAACACAGAACUGUUCAGUUGGAUUAUUUAUUUUUAAACUAUAGUUAUGAAAGGAAUAAAUUGAAUGCUUCAUAUUUAAAACAAGUACCUUAAAAACAAAAGAAUGAUAUCCAAAGACCAGCCUGAAACUGUAGCUAACAAAUUUUUCUUGUGCCUAGAUAACUGAGGGUUGACAAAAUAUCACCAUUUGUACAGUUUCUAUGAAAAUCAACACAAUAACUAUUUCAAGAUGCUGUCUUAAAUCACCACUAAUAAUUACCCUUUCUUCUUAGGUAAAAGUAAUGAUUUUUAGUUUUCUUGGAUAUAUUGCAGUCUUAAUGAGGUUCACCUUUUGGGAAAAUGUAUAACUUGUUAAAAUUUUUUUCUUUACUUACUGUGCUUUUUGUUUGUUUAGCUCUUUACGUUACUAACCUUUUCCUUGUGUUUGAUGACCUUUUUUACAACUGCAUGUCCGUAAGCACAAAACUUCAAGAGACUUAUUAGCUAAAUAUAGUCAUCUUGUCUGAUUUGUUUUUGUUAAGACAUCAGACAACCUUUUAAACUUUAAUAUAUUAUUAUAGUUAGAGGAAGAAUAGAAUGAUUGUAUAUUAAUUAGAAGGCUUGGUAAUUCUUUUCCACAAGUGACAAGGAUAGGUAUGGAUAACUAAGAAGUGUAGGCUGUUUCAUCCCUUGCCCAUCUUGCUGCAGUCAGCUAGGUAUGAAACAUGUUAUCUGGACUAUGCUGGCAUACAAAAGAAGUGAGACUUCUGUCCUUAAGGGACCAAUUAUAACAAAAUCUGUACAUCUUAAAGAGCACUAGAGUGUAAAAUUAUGUCCUCAGCCAUUACUGUAAUAUCAGGACAUUCUAAAUAACUUAUUUGGGAAUCUUCUGAUUUAUACUGUUUUCUUUUUCUCCUGAAAAAUUACUGUGCUGUAUUCUUUAAUACUCAGCUUUGAAAGUUACUAAAUCACAUACUGUGCUUUCAUAGCAUGUACUCUUCUACUUAACCUCUCUUCUCCUAGGAUGAUUACUGCUUACACAUGCAAUAUAGACAUUUACACACACAUUUAUUAUAUAUAUAUAUAUAUAUAUACACAUACACACACACAUAUAUAUAUAGCCAAUUUUUAUUUAAUAUUCAUCUUGGUUCACAUACUUAUCAUAUAACAUAUUAAAUGAUGUUUCUUGCUUUUUCAUUUUAAUUAUAUUUUCCAUGGUCAUAGAAAUGAUUCAUUCUUAGUUCUUGCAUUACCAUAUAUUGAGAUAAUCUUCUAUUGUGUAUUUGACCAUUCCCAGUUCUUGACAUGAAAGUAGUUGCUGUUACUUUACUAAGAGUAAUAAUGCCAUCAAAAGCAUCAUUAUACCUAUAGCUUUUGAUCUUGUAUUAUUAUUUCUAUCUUAUUGCAUUUCUAUCUUGUAUUAUUUCCUUAGAAUUUACUUGAAAAAGUUAAAUGCUCUUGCUAAAUAUUGUUAAUUCCUCAUGUUGCAUUUUGGGAAGGGAGAGUGAAUAUUUUAUCAAUUAAUCUGAUCUCCUGCUGCCACCAAUGACUGAGUAUCUUCAUCUGAAUCUCACAGUGUUGUGGAUUUUAGUAGUGUUGAAAACAAGGUUUCUAUAGUCCAUUAUAAUGAAAAAUUAUACUUUAAAAGCUUUCAGUGGUUUAAAA